CAGCAUAAAUGCUUUUAUCCUUUAGCCCAACUGUCAAUGCGACAUAAAAUGCCUGAAUCGCAAGUCAACGAAGGUGCUUCUAGCUCAGGCGCCUCCAAAGACAACACGGCAAACAAGAAAAAAAAUUUACCAUGGAUCGAAAAGUAUCGUCCCCAACGCUUCGAAGAAAUCGUCGGUAAUGAGGACACUGUUAGCCGACUGGGUGUAUUUGCUACACAAGGAAAUGCUCCCAAUAUUAUAAUUGCGGGCCCACCGGGAGUUGGUAAGACCACGACGAUCCUCUGCUUGGCUCGAAUUCUGCUAGGAGAAAACUUUCGCGAGGCCGUACUGGAGUUGAACGCUUCGAACGAACGAGGCAUCGAUGUGGUACGUAAUAAGAUAAAAAUGUUUGCCCAACAAAAGGUAACUUUGCCGCGGGGCCGCCAUAAGAUUGUUAUUCUUGAUGAAGCGGACAGUAUGACCGAAGGUGCUCAGCAAGCGCUGCGGCGAACAAUGGAAAUUUACAGCAACACAACCCGGUUUGCGUUGGCCUGCAAUACCAGCGAGAAGAUAAUCGAACCUAUCCAAUCGCGGUGUGCGAUGUUGCGAUUUUCGAAACUAUCCGAUGCUCAAGUAUUAGCGAAGCUGAUUGAAGUCUGCCAGAAGGAAGCUCUGAAUUACGACGAAGAUGGACUGGAGGCUAUUGUUUUCACUGCCCAAGGGGAUAUGAGACAGGCUUUGAAUAAUCUGCAAUCGACGGCCAACGGGUUCGGGCAUAUAAAUGGAGCGAAUGUAUUUAAGGUUUGCGACGAACCGCAUCCCAUGCUUGUGCAGGAUAUGUUGGAACACUGCAUCAAAGGGGACAUCCACAAGGCGUACAAAAUAAUGGCAAAGUUGUGGCGGCUGGGUUACGCCGCGGAGGACGUUAUCGGGAACGUGUUUCGCGUUUGCAAGCGAAUGAAUAUGAACGAGAAACUGAAGCUGUGUUUUAUCCGGGAAAUCGGCGAAACUCAUAUGAAGAUUGUGGAUGGACUGAACUCACUGCUGCAGAUGUCCGGUAUGCUAGCGAAGCUGUGCGAAGUGUCGUACGAUUAUGCGUAGGUUAUACUCUGGUUGGUAAUAAUAUACGUGUUGUCAUUUUUUGUGCUCAAAUUUAGUUUA